UUUAUUAAUUGUAUACAGCGCGAAUAUUUUUUUUAAUAUAAACGAGUUUUGAUUUUACGAUCAUUUUUUUAACAAACUUAAAAACAAAAUAUUAUUUAUUAAAAUAAUUGUGUUUAAUUUUAACAUGGCUAAAAUUAUAAAAAACCACCGAAUCGGUAUUGUGGUAAUUACGCUAUUAGUCAUGCCCUCUAGCUGGGCCCAAAGGCCUUCAUUUGCUGGCAGUCGCCCUACAAAUGGUUUAAAUCAAAAAGAUAAAUAUCAUUCAACCACACCCACGAAUACAGACAUACAAAAUCGUUUUGGUAGUGCAGAUGUUCCAACCGUCCCCAAUCAAAUACCAUUUGGACAAACACAAAAACCUCCAGUAGGUUAUCCAGUUGUAUUUCCAGAAUCUGUAUACACGGCUUUAACAAGACCAUCAAAUAACAACAAUAUUGGUACGUCUGUCGUAUUUGAGGAUCGAUUCGGCGAUGACAAUACCAAUACCAUAUCACCAUCAUCUUCAUCAAACCCUUCGUCAUCUGCAAGUCAGCGACCAGGUGUACCUUUAGAUGCCCAUGGUGAUCAAUUAUUGAUCGACCAGUUAAAUCGGAUUCCCAUCGAUAAAAGGCCAUUUUGGUUUAUUAAUUAUCAAGCGAUAGAAGCACAGCGCAAUGGCACAACCAACAAUUUCGCUGGCGCUCAAAGCUCUAGAGGUUCCUUUUUCGGUUAAAAGGCCCCUUCCAGACACUAAUAAACAUAGUUUUAAAGUACUUUAAGUAAAUAUUGUUAAAUACUCAAGUGAAUUUAUAUAUUUUUAAUAUAAAUAUAAACAAUACCAUGUUAAAAUCUA